AUGCUCACGAAUGCGCACAGCUCGUCGGCAGCACGUCUUACCGUGCUCACGCCACUGGUGCCACCGCAGGAUAGUAGCUCGCCAUCCCCACGGUCGUCUUCCAGCUCGGGUGAGUCGUCCGAACAGGCCACCACUCCCGUACGCCCGCCUUCAACGCCCCCACGCACGCGUUCGCGCACCGGAUCACUCAGUACCGCGAAUCAUACGCGUCUUCGAAGCGGAAGAGCACGCUCGUACACUGCGAAUAUGCCUUUUUUUACUGCUACCGCGCCGUCUGCGGGCCCGAGCUCGAUGCCUUCGACAUCGCGCACGACAGCUAGUUUUCAACAUCUAGACCUCGGCAGUCCUCCGCCAUACUCUCCUGAGCCGCCAGAAAUUGAUCCCAAUUCCCCAUUUCUCGCGAAGCGUGCCGCGUCGUCGCCCCACCUGCAGUCGCCGCCACUGUCUCCGGACUCACCCCACGUGUAUUCUCAGUCACACCCCACACUCCGCAGGCCGUCAUCUUCUGCAUUGCGUACCUCUGGUCACUCCUCUGUUCGUGCUCGGUCGAUGCAUGCGCGAGUUGAGACCGAUGAAGACGACACAGACACCGCUUCUGGCGAUGACGCGGUGGUUUAUCGGUCGAGAGAACGGGAACGGCCGCCGUCGCGAGAGCGCGAACCGAGCCUCGCUGAAAUUCUUCGCGAACGACUCUUUGGUAAGGGUAAGGGCCGGUCGGACGUUCCCGAACGGGUGCGCUUCAUUACGACCGUGCCAGGGGUGCUCGGUGCUGGCGAGACAGAGACAGAGAGCGAGGACGCGGUGAGUAAGGCAUCAAUUGCUGCUGAGACACCUUAUAUUGCCUGGCCGCUCCCGCUCGUCUCUUGA